AUGCUCCUGCUUCCACUGAUUUUCGGCGUGGCUCAGGCGUAUUUGGAUGGCACCAAAGAGUUGCUCUUUGUGCAAACGGUAAGUACUCUUCUAGGGUGUUUGGGCUCAAAAAAUGCGAAAUUUUCCAGCUCUGGCGUCAUGGUGAUCGUUCGCCCACCAAAACCUUCAAAACCGACGCGUUUCAAGAAGGGAAUUGGACUUUUGGUGGUGGUGGAUGGGGACAACUAUCUCCACUUGGUAUGGAACAACAUUUGAACUUGGGAAAGCGGAUUCGGGCUAGAUAUGUGGAUAAAAUGGGAUUUUAUCCGAAGAAAUAUGACUCGAAACAGGUGGGUUUUCAGAUAUUUUAGCCAUUUUCAGCAUUUCUAGCACGAAAUUUUGGUCUAGAAAAUUGUUUCUAUACUACAAACCCAAAUUUCACGCUGAUUCCUCUGAAAACAUCGAGAAAUUCAGAUCUACGUCCGUUCCACUGAUGUCAAUCGAACCCUGAUCUCUGCCAUGUCAAAUCUUCUAGGCCAAUACGGUCAAGACGACGGAUCAUCAAUGGCGGGUAUCGAUUAUCCAGCAGUCGCCGGUUGGCCAAAAGGUUUCGUCCCAAUUCCAGUUCAUACAGUACCCGACGAGACAGAUCAUGUAAGUUCGGGGAACUUUUUGAUCUACCGGAAAAAUCAUGAUUUUUGGCCAAUUUUCAGCUAAAAUUCUGACAUUUUCAGCUCGGAAACGUCGACAGCGAUUGCGCACUUCAAGAUCAAGCUUGGGCUUUGGCUAAAACUUCAGUAGAAGUUGCAGCCUUCAUCAAUGCUCCAGAUUUCCAAAAUUUGCUCGGAAAUUUGAGCAAAAAUUGUGGACAGGAGGUGAAUAUUGACAAUUUGUGGAUUAUUGCCAACGCGUUUUUCAUUGAGGUGAGUGAGCAGACUAGACUCUAGUUAUAGACUAGAGUUUAGUUUAAGACUAGACUCUAGUUUCAUUAAUAAAAAUAAGUUCAUAAAUAAAAUUUUUUAGUUAUAACUAGACAUUGGUUUUAUUAAUUGGAGUAAUAGACAUUUUCCAACUAGACUCUAGUUUCAGCCAGAAAUCUGAAAAUUCCAGCAAAUCUACUACAACGACACUUUGAGAACUGCAAAUCCGUGGUUUACCGAUGAAAUGUACGCAACAUUGGACGCUUAUAACGAUCAGGUUCAACUUUUCAACAAUGGAAUUUUCGGUGAGAAAUUUUGGGGAAAAAACUGUGCGGAAGUUGCAGAAAUGGGCGGGGCUUGAAAUUCGGGUUCAAAUGAGACAAGCUGCCGCGAAAUUGCAGCCUUUUCUCAAGCCCCGCCCCUUUCUGCAAACCUCGCACACUUUCUCCUGGUACCUUUCGAAGCGCUAUUCCCUGGCCACGCUCAUUUCUGCAACCCUGGCACACUUUUUCCAUCCAAAAUCUAGAAUUUUGCAGCCACCAAUCCAAACAUGGUGAACGGUAUCGAUGUGGGACUUUUGUUGCGAAAAAUUCGUGGUGGACCGAUUUUGAACGAUAUUGCGAUGCAUAUGAAUUUGAAAUUGGCGUGUGCCGGAAAAACCACGUCAAAUUGCACGUGGAUCAAUAAUUUGAAGAAUUAUGUGUACUCGGUGGUAAGUACUUUUUGAUCUACCUACAGUAUACAGUAGUACAGUACCCCUUUCCAGCACGACACUACAAUUUACGCCUUCUUUUCGGCUCUUCUCAUCGAGACCAAAGCUGUCAAACCUGCAGCCGGGUCCUAUCCACAGUAUUCUGCUUGUGUGCAAAUUGAGCUCUACAGGGAUACCAAGGAUCAACAGGCUUAUUUCAAGGUACAUACAGUAGUCUUGGUUGAAAAUGCUGAAAUUAUUGAUUUUCAGCAUUUUCAGCGUUUUCAGCUCUAAAUCUUAAUUUUCAGAUGCUCUACCACGACAAAGCCGGUGAUGAUUUCGAUGUAAUCACUUCCGAACUCGACGGCUGUCCAGCUGGUCAAGAUUACUGUAGCCUAAGUGUGCUCCAAGGUUUUGCCGAUCAAACAAAACCCGAUUUACCAAAUGAUCAAUAUUGUGAUUCGAGUUUGUAUACACAAUACAGUAGUCGAUCAGGGAUUACUGUAGCGUUUUUAAUGAUUUUUGUUAAAUUGUUUUUGUAAAUUAUUAUUGAAAUGAAGAAAUUUUACUGAUAUUCAAAAUAAAAGUUGAAAAAUCUAGAUUUUUCAUCGGAAAAACAACCAAAAAAUAACUUUUCCCAAAAAAAGUAAAACAAAAACAGAAAUUACGCACAAUUGGCCACAACGCGCUGUUCCGUAGUAUUUAUAAAAAAAAUUUGCGUAGUUUUUCAUCGAAAACACACCCGAAAACCGCAAAAACCAGCUUUUCCCGAAAAAAAAUAAAAGUAAAAAAAUUGUGUGCAAACACGCUGACGCGCAAUUGCACACAACGCGGUCUACCGUAGUAUAAAAAAAAUAUUUUUGUGUAGUUUUUAUCGAAAAAAAAACCCGAAAACCGCAAAAACAAGCUUUUCCCGAAAAAAAACGAAAAAAAAAGAAAAGUAAAAAAAAUGUGUGUAAACACGCUGACGCGCAAUUGCACACAACGCGGUCUACCGUAGUAUUUUCUCAUUAUUUUUUUUCCAAGAAAUGUGCAAAAAAGCAAAAGUAUUUACUUAUUCAAAUAAACGUGUUCCAGAUGUUUAUCUCAUCCACGUCAUCAAUUUGCCACGUCCCAAUGGCUACUUAAACACGCGAUUCGCUCAUUUUUACCCAUCACUUUGUAUUAUUCCAACUAUUCUUUGCACAAAAACGAAAUGAUCAAGAAGAAAUAUCGAUUGAUCUUCAUCUUCGCAAUUCUCAUCGGAGAAACUUUGCAAAAACCGACGACUGACGCGAGUUUCAACACAUUUUGCGACAAAGUCGGAGGUCAAACAACUGAAGCCACCGAUUUUGAGGGAACUGAGUGCAAAGUAAUGUGGAAGUUCGAGACAACUGAUGUGAGUUCUAUAUAUUUUUUGCGUUUUCUUCAAGAAAACCCUCAAAAAUCAUGCAAUUUUCAGGAGGAUGCAGCAUGGCAUUGCAAAAACAUGGCACCCUAUCCCGUCAAAUCGGCCAAACUUGAGAGCAAACAUCCAGAAUGCGUCUACAUCAAUGUUUAUAGCUGUGCAGAUGGUUACACUCAAAUUCACGCGCAUUGCUAUAAAAUCAUCACCGAGGAGUUGAUGGAUUAUAAUGCGGCUUUUGGCGAAUGUGCGGCGAAAAACCAGCAGUUGGUCAAUUUGUUCGAUAUCGAUUUGAUUCGACUUUUUGAGUGUGAGUUGAAGAAUCUCGAAAACCAGCUUUUCCCGAAAAAAAAAACAAAAAUGACGCGCAAUUGCACACAACGCUGUAUACCGUAGUGUUUUUAUUUAGGUUUUUCAUCGAAAAAACACCCGAAAACCAGCUUUUCCCGAAAAAAACGAAAAAAUAAAUAAAAGUAAAAAAAUUGUGUGCAAACACGCUGACGCGCAAUUGCACACAACGCUCUCUACCGUAGUAUUUUUCAUUAUUUUUUUCAGUGUACUUCGCCGAACUAAAAGCAAUUUGGCUCACACCGCGCUCUGACAACUUCGACGGCGAAGACAUCGCCUACACUGGCGACAACAAUGAGCAACACUACGCUGUAGUCUACGGAAUGGCCGCACAUUACAACGUGGGACCGGGAUCUCUCAUCCGCGCCAACAUCAAUUCCCGCGCUCAAGUUAUGUGUGUCUACCGUGCGCCGGAAACUGCGCUCAGCUUUGAUUUGAAGGCAAAAAUGCUGGCACCCUAUUAUUUUGCACACGUUCGUCAUGCUGAUGUGGCUGUUUUACGAACUGCCAAUCAGUUUAGCUUUACGUGAGUUGAUUUUUAUAUAUUUUGACGAGAAAAAUAAUUUUUUGUUUUCCAGGAAGUAUUCAACUUAUAGCGCAGCUAUUGAAUAUUGUCAAAAAUCAUUGAAAGCUUUCACUAACACAGUUGCCAUCAGUGUUUGGCAACCAACUUUGGUAAAUGCUGAAAAUAUGAGAAAAUCGGAUGUUAAAACAUCGCUCAAUUUCGCCUAUGCUCCCGUGUACUCGUGUUGCUAUGAGACAAUUGAUCGUGACCGUUAUGGCAAUUACAUACGCACUAAUUACCAUGCGAGAAUCACAUAUUAUUAUGCAGCCUCCUCUUCGGUAUGUUGAAUUGUUUUUUUUUGCAGCAAAUUUUGCAUAUUUUUCAGACUUCUUGUAAUGCAAUGCCAUCAAUGACUUCUUCAUUGUACAGUUAUACUUCUCAAUCUCACUACGGCCAUUGUGCUGAAAGAAAAGCGGAUUUUUUGUUUUUCGCCGAAAACCCUUCGAGUUACGAUAUCAUGGAAAUUCGUAAUGCUCAUGAGGCUCCAGUUUUGUGCACAGUUUAUUGA